AUGACACUUUCCGGCGACGCUGUGGCAAUAUUCGCCGAUGGUUCUCUCGAGGACCAGAUCGUAGAGCUCGCGGAGUACAUCGCCCGCAGCUUACCCGAGGGAGAGCGCGCUGCAUACGUGCAGGGAGCACAGGAUCGUGUAGGUCAGGAGACGCCAUUGGAUCAGGAUGAGAGCAGGAAAAAGGAUGUUGUCGGGUGGAUUGUUGGCGAGGUGAAAGGACUGGGCGAAGGUUCCGAGCGCGAGAUCGAGGGCUUCUUCAACCUUCUGUUCGCACAAGUACUCCAGCUCUGGCCAGGCGAGAGCUCCCAGCUCGACACACUCCUCGGCGCAGUAAGGACUUCCACUGGCGACUCGACGACCCAAUACCGGAUCCUGUCCAACGUCUUCAACACCCUCCCGCCCGCCUCCGCCCUCCGCUACAAAAUAUACACCGCCCUCCUCACCCUCGCCAUUGCCAACGACGACCUUGCCGUCCUGCAGAUCACGCGCGCAGACGUCGAGCGGUACCUUGCCACAUGGGACGUCCCCACACCGUCCAAAGUCGAGCUCGUGAAGAAGCUCGUAGAGGCGCACGAAAAAGCCGGCGAGCAGGGCGAGGCGUACCACUACAAGCUCGUCCUCGUCCGUCUCUAUGGAUCAGAGCCCGUCGCGCUGGAUGCUAUCGCGUGUGCGCUCCGCCAACCGACGACGCUCGACUUUGACCCGCUUUUCAAACUUCCCGCCGUCCUCGCCGCAAAAGACGCGCCGCUCUUCGCACUCCUCCGCGUGUUCACGUCCGGCGGUCUUUCUGAUCUCGCGUCGUUCAAGUCGUCGCCUGUGCUGGGCGAGCAUGGGCUGGAGUACGAGGGUCUGGAGCGCAAGAUGCGGUUGUUGACCCUCGGCGGGUUGGCGUUUGAGAAUAUCGGGAAGGACGUGUCGUAUGCAAAGAUCGCGGAGACGUUGGCCGUUGAACCCGCGAGUGUAGAGCGAUGGGUCAUCGACGCCAUCCGCGCGAACCUCCUCGUCGGCAAACUCGCUCAAACAACUCAAACCCUCCGCGUCCUCCGCGCCUCUCCGCGCUCCUUCUCCGCCGCGGAAUGGUCGAACCUCUCUUCGCGCCUCACCGCCGCACGAAGCGCACUGGCCGGUGUCAGGGAUACCGUCGCUGCUGCUAGGAGGCGGAACGAGGUCGUCGCGGCUCAGGCUGUACAGGCUGCUCAGGCCGCACAGGAGGCGAAGGCCGUCGAGGCUGCCGCGUAG